AUGAAAUUGGAUGGAUUUGUUGCAGGACAUGAUGUGCAAACCAAUACGGUGCAAAAUAACAUGUCUAGUUUCAUAUCAGAAUUCAGAAUGUCUAGGAUAUUCAGUUUUAUUUCUAGUGUUCAUAUAGCUGUUUCAAAAAAGAAAAUAUCAAAUGCACUUAUAAUUAGCAGAAAGGCUUGCACCCGAAUAUUUUUAUGA